AAAAGUGGUGACUAUCGCCAAGUCGAAGAAGUUUCGGGAUAAUCACAGGAAAGUUCUGCUGGAGGGUCAGAGGCUGAUCAAGGAUGCCCUGGAGGCAGGAGCUGUGCUGCAGACACUCUUCUUCAGCACUGUGGGGCACCUGAAGGAGCUGCCUGAGGCAGGACUAAAAGGAGCCAACUUGGUUAAAGUGAAAUUUGAAGACAUUAAGAUCUGGUCUGACCUCGUAACUCCUCAGGGCCUUAUAGGGAUCUUUUCCAAGCCCGACCAUGCCAAGAUGUCUUACCCUGCGGCUCAGCUAACCAGCUCCUUGCCGCUGUUCCUCAUCUGCGACAACAUCCGAGAUCCGGGAAACCUGGGCACUAUUCUGAGAUCUGCAGCAGGAGCGGGCUGUGAGAAGGUGCUGCUCACCAAAGGCUGUGUGGAUCCGUGGGAGCCAAAGGUGCUCCGUGGAGGCAUGGGGGCUCACUUCCGCGUGCCCAUCAUUGCCGACCUGGAUUGGGAAUCUCUUCUCAGCAACCUUCCUGAUGGCGUCCAGGUCUGCGUGGCUGACAACCAACACCCAGGCGCGCGGCACAAGACAGCGUCUGAGCCGAGGGGAGCUGCUGGGGAGCUGGCCACACAGUAUUACUAUGAGACCUGGACACGCACUCCGGUGGCAGUGGUGAUCGGGGGAGAGACCCACGGUGUGAGCCCGGACGCGCUUCACCUCGCAGCCAGCACAGGCGGGAAGAGACUGGUCAUUCCCGUGGUGCCGGGCGUGGACAGCUUGAACUCCGCGAUCGCUGCUGGCAUUGUGCUGUUUGAGGGGAAGAGACAGUUGCUGCAGGGGCACAAGCAGGAAGACGAGACGCCGAAGUUCCCU